UAGUUUCCCUACGGACUGCUUUUUAGUGACACGGGAAGUGAGCGUAACCAAUCAAGCCACCGUUGCUAUGGCAACAGUGUUGGUCUCCAAGGAAACUUCUUUAGUUCUCUCGCUUGUCUCCAGGAAGUUUGUAGCGCUUGAAGUAAAGAUGGGUAUCGGUUUUGGGAGCAACAAAUCUAACUCAGCUCUAGAAACAGCUUACUGUGACAAAUGAGUUCUUUUCUUUUAAAUAUUCGCGACAUUUAUAAUGGAGCUUUCUGUUGUUUAAACGUCCAAGGUUGCCCUUGUCUCUUAACCUAGCAAACCGACCGAGAGCAGAAACAUGCGAUCUCAGAAACACAACUCCACCGUCAACGAUAGAUGGGUGUUUCUCACCCCCAUGGUCAACAGCUGCAAGUUGCACCUUACAACUGUCAAAUCAUUUGCACCGGAGGGAGCCCAGAGAAUAACUGACUCUCGUGAUCUUGUAAAAGAGAAACACAUGAACAACGCCCAAACAGUUGAUCAUUCUAAUCCAGCCUCUGUAGAAAAUAGUUUCCAUGCAUACCACCAGAGAAGCCUUGUGCAAUCACCUCCAACGUUUGUAGGUGACUGUACAUAUUCUUCUGCACAUAAUCUAGUACCACUAGCAAGUGGUACUCAGAGUGGUUUGGGUGCACUUACACACGCUGCACAAGAAGCUAGAGCCAAAGGUAGGAGGCCGAUCCACAGUGCAGGAACCACUUACUACCAAAACUUCCCCAAACCUGCAGGUGGUUCAGGAGGAUAUAAGUACAACACUGUCCCUGGUUUUCCGUUCACUCGAAUGCAUUGUGACAGUUUUGCAUCCAGUUUUAAACGGAUCGACUUGGACAGGCGCUGUCUGGAGGAAUGUCCUCAGCUGGGUGUUAUGGAUGGACUACAGCUUCUCAACCUCCAGCACAAUCUAAUCACAACAAUUCAGCAUCUAUCACAUCUGCAACAGCUUGUUUUCCUGAACUUGUACGACAAUAACAUCUCUGAAAUGACUGGCAUUGAGGCUCUGAGCUCUCUUAGGAUCCUUAUGCUGGGGAAAAACAGAAUCCACCAGAUAUGCUGCCUAGAAAGCCUGUUGAAACUGAAUAUCCUGGAUUUGCAUGACAAUCAGAUCUGCAGGAUAGAAAACAUGUCUCACCUGAGCGAGCUACAAGUCUUGAACCUGGCAGGAAACAGCAUUUCCAGAGUGGAAAAACUGCAGGGUCUGGACUCUUUGACUGAACUCAACCUACGGCACAACUGCAUCUCUGUGGUGACUGAGGUGGACCGCCUGCCCUGCUUGCAGCGCCUCUUUCUCAGCUGCAACAACAUCACCAGUUUUGAUCAGCUAGCCUGGCUUGGAGAGUUGCACUCCCUUUCCGAGCUCACCCUGGAUGGGAAUCCUGUAGCCCUGGAGACAUGGUACAAGCAGGCCGUCCUGCGCUGUGUGCUUCAUCUGAGACAGCUGGACAUGAAGCGCAUCACAGACGAGGAUCGGCGCAUGGCUGGUGUACAGGCUCGAAAAGAGGAGGAGAGGAAGAGGGAGAGUCACAAGCAGACCAUUCAUAAGGAGAAGCGGCGUCUGGCCAUCCGCAAUGCAGCGCAGCAGUGGGAGGGUGUCAGGGCCUGCCUGGAGCUGCCACCAGCAAAUGGUGCAAAAGAAGAAGUUAGUCCAGAGAACAGCCCUGCCCACAGCCCUGCCCAGACCAAUGGACUGGCACAAGAGCCUUCUCCAGAUGAGCCCAGACGAGUAAGCCCGGGAUCAGGACCAGAGCGACCGUUAGGGGGAACAGAGAGCAGACUCCGCACCAACAGCCGUCCAAACAGCCCACGGGAUCCCAAACUUGUGGAGGCAGGGGGCGGCAGUGUUCAGAGCUUGUCCCUCUCUGACAGUCACCUGGCAGAGCUGGAUGGAGACACCCUGCGUUUAUUUGGACUUGGAGCCUUGGAGGCCCUGGAGAGGGGCUGGGGAGUUCAGACUGCUGGUGCCGUCACUGUUAUAACCUUCCGCUACAUCAACUUUGAUGCCAUUGUACCAACACUGCCGCGAAUAAGGGUCAAGUUUCCCAAUCUAUCGCACCUGAUCUUCUUGGAAACCAACAUCAGUCGUCUGCCCCAGCUGGCAGCCCUGGCUCAGGUGAGGCGUCUAGACCAACUGACCAUCCAUCCAGAGGGCAAUCCAGUGGUCAGCCUUACUCUGUGGCGCUCCUUCAUCAUUUACCGCCUCCACCACUUCAAUUUGCAGAGAAUUAAUGGCCUGGAGGUGACCAUGAAUGAUGUGAUUGCUGCAGAGCGUGUGUUUGGCACACUUGGUCAUGUAGCAGCCACAGAAACUCCACGUUGCCGACUCCUCCUGCUGCUGGAGGAGUCCAGAAAGCGACAGCUGCAAUUCUUGUUGGAGGGGCGUGGCCGACGGGCAGGGUUGAGUCCAGAGGAGUUGCGAGACAAUGGGAAGCUCCUGGGAGAAGGCUUAAGCAGAGCACUGUUCAACUACCCAAGCAGAGACUGCAGUGCAGAGAGCCCUGAGGAGGGCACUGUGGAGUCAUCGGAGCGUGCUGCCAUGAUAGAGCAGUACCUCCAGGAGUUGGUCCAAAGGGCAUCAGACACCAAUCUGAAGGGCGAGGCUCUACACAAGCUCUGGCCCUCCAUGUUUGCAGAGAUGGUGAGGGACUGUGUGUUGGAGAUGAGAGACCGAGCAGCCUUCCGCCAAGCCAGCCUUGCAGAACUCUCUGAGACCAAGUGAGGAGGACCAAAGGAUCACUCUCAGAGACACACACACAUGCACAUAGCUUGCCCGGGAGCCUCCAGGACUUCAUCUCAAACUCCCUAACACAAACACAUCAUCACUUAGUGACUUACCACUGAUUAUUCAGUUAAUAAAGUAUGGAAGCUGAAGGGUGUAUUUCCUUAGUGCGCAGGAAGCUCUUUCUUAAGAUAGAUGUAGACUAUUCGAAAGAUGAAGAAAUGAUCAUGACGUAAGCAUCUUGAUUGAAUGUAGAUUUUUUUUAGAACAAAACAAAAACAGUUUGAUUCUUCAGUGGUUGGAGCUGUGACAUACUUGAAGAAAGUUUAAGGGACCUAUUGACUCACGGUUUAUUGUAGUCCCUGUGGAGCCUCCUCUGCACUUUAAAAGCCUUCUGAAUGACCCCUAUUCACCAUUACCAUCAUUAGAUGAAAAUGUCUGGUGUCUCUUUGGUCCAGAUUAGAAUGAUUUUUCUGUGUCUUAAAUCUGGUUUCAUGCAUCGCUCACUCACUUUCUCCCACCUGAUAUGAAAGAAGGGCACGAAAAAAGACAAGAACUUUUCUUUGUUUACUGCUGAUUUUCUGUAUUGUACUUAGUAUUAAAAUAUUCUGUAUUAACUCUCAA